GCAGCCGGGACCCGCACAGCGGCCACCGAGCAGCGGCACCGCAGUAUGAAUAGAAAAUUAAGUUCUGUGAACUGAGUUCUUUUAUAAUGCCGGAUCAGGAUGAGAAAGGGAAAAAAACGGAAAAAGUUUCUGAAAAGAAAAGUCAAGGAGCAGCUUCAAGGAAAUGUUCUGACGUCAAAAGACUUUGGUCCCUCUUAAAUGUGCAAGCUAGCAAACAGCAGCUUCCUUCUUUGAGAACUACCAGUACGUCUAAGACUCAGCAGAAAUUUGGGAAGAACCAGCCAUCUAAAAAUCAUUGGCAAGAAUCAACUGAAUCUGUAGAACUUGAAAAAUUUAGUAUUAAUUACAAAAAUGAAAGGAAUUUUAGCCAGCACUCACAGCAUAACUUAUUCCUCGACAUAUUCAUGGCACUGAUUAAGAACAGGCUUGGAUGCAGAGAAUGGAUUGACAGAUCUCCGUCUGUUCAUUUAUUGCGAGUAUUGAUCUGUUUGAGAUUAUUAAUCCGGGACCCAUUUUAUCAGGGGGUACUUCAUCAAAUGAAUGGAGUGGACAUUCUUGCACAGUACAUGCAGACAACAUGUAACACGUACCUUUCUUCUGGAGAAGAUGAAUUUAAUAUUGACAAGCUGGUCAAUAUGACUUAUAUCUUUCAAAAACUUGCAGAUGUCAAAGAUCAAAGAGAAUGGUUGAUAGAAAGUGGAGCACACAAAACCCUUGUGAAACUCUUAGCUGCAAGAGACAGUAAUGUUUUAGUAGGUGCUCUCCUUGCUCUUACAAGUUUGGCUGAAAGUCCAGAAUGCAGAACUUCUAUUAGUGAGCUCAGUAUCGUAGAAAGUCUGAUGAUGAUACUGCAAGAAUAUGAUCUGCUCUCCAAAAGACUUUCAGCAGAGCUCCUACGUCUUCUGUGUUCAGAGUCUAACGUAAAGGAACAAGUGAAGAUUUACGAUGGUGUUCCUACUUUGCUUAGUUUGCUCCACUCUGACCACCUUAAGCUGCUAUGGAGCGUUGUCUGGAUAUUGGUACAGAUCUGUGAAGACCCAGAAAUCUGUGUGGAAAUUCGGACAUGGGGAGGAAUCAAACAGCUGCUCCAUAUUUUGAAAGGAGAACAGUAUCUAGUUUCUGAUCGUUCCUCCAUCGGGAGCUUGUCAAGUGCAAAUGCUGCAGGCCGGAUUCAACAUCUUUAUUUAUCUGAAGAUUUGAGCCCAAGAGAAAUACAAGAAAAUACCCUUUCACUCCAAGCAGCUUGCUGUGCAGCACUUACCGAACUUGUGCUCAAUGACACAAAUGCUCAUCAAGUAGUCCAGGAGAAUGGUGUUUAUAUUAUCGGGAUGCUGAUUUUACCAAGCAGACAACAUGACUGUAUUAAAAACAAAUUUACAAUGUUACAGUGUUAUGCGUUCAGGGCAUUAAGAUUUCUCUUUAGCAUGGAAAGAAACCGAGAUCUGUUCAAAAGGUUUUUUCCACCAGAUUUGUUUGAGAUGUUUAUAGAUAUUGGACAUUAUAUUCGAGAGAUCAGUGCCUAUGAAGACCUUGUAUCUAAAUUAAAUGCUUUACCAGAAGAUGAACUGAAACAAGUCGCUGAUAGUAUUGAAGGCAUCAAUCAAAAUAAAGCACCCACAAAAUUUAUCGGAAACUAUGCAAUUUUAGACCACCUUGGGAGUGGAGCAUUUGGGAGUGUAUAUAAGGUCAAGAAGCGCAGCGGACAGAUUCUCUUUGCAAUGAAAGAAAUUAAUUUACACAACCCAGCGUUUGGUAAAGACAAAAGAGACCGAGAUAGCAGUGCUGAGAACAUUGUGUCUGAACUAACAAUAAUCAGAGAGCAGCUUUGCCAUCCCAACAUUGUGCGCUAUUAUAGGACAUUCUUAGAAAAUGACAAACUGUACAUUGUCAUGGAGCUCAUUGAAGGGGCACCACUGGGCGAACAUUUUAAGUCUCUUAAGGAGAAAAAACAUCAAUUCACAGAAGAGCGGCUUUGGCAUAUUUUUAUACAGUUAUGCUUAGCACUAAGAUAUUUACACAAAGAUAAAAGGAUUGUUCACCGAGAUUUGUCACCAAACAACAUCAUGCUGGGAGAAAAAGAUAAAGUAACAGUCACUGACUUUGGCCUUGCCAAGCAGAAGCAAGAAAACAGCAAACUAACGUCUAUUGUUGGAACUAUUCUGUACUCCUGCCCAGAGGUGGUAAAAAGUGAACCCUAUGGAGAAAAGGCUGAUGUAUGGGCAGCAGGCUGCAUUCUCUAUCAGAUGGCAACCCUGAAUCCACCUUUCCACAGCACUAACAUGCUGUCCUUAGCGACCAAAAUAGUAGAAGCUGUGUACAUUCCAAUCCCUGAUGGAUUGUAUUCGGAAAAAAUUUCAAAUACAAUUAAAAGGUGCUUGACCUCAGAUGCAGAACUUCGCCCUGACAUAGUAGAAGUUUGCGCUUUAAUUUCAGAUGUCAUGAUGAGAUACAUGGACACCUUAUCCUCUUGUCAGAUUGCCCUGGAGAAAAAACUGGAGAGAGAGAGAAAGCGAGCACAAAAAUAUUUCAUAGAGGCUAACAUAAAUACGGUGAAAUAUGGUCAUUGCCAUGCUUAUGACCAAUAUGAGAAAUCCAGCAUGAGCAGUAGCAGCAGUAGCAGUGGAAUAGCAAGCUGCAAGAGUGACAUUUCAGAGAGCGCUUUCAGACCCAUGGGGAUAUUGCAACCAAACAAGAGUGAUAAAGGUUCUGAUGUUUUUCUCCCGGACCAUAGCUACUCCAUAGACAACCAUGGCAAAGAUAUUUUUUCAGAACUUGAAGAUGAACUGGACACAUCUAAAAAUUCAAGCUGCUCUAACUAUUUUAAAGGGCCAACUACGGGCACACUAAAACGAAGUGUCAGCGCUUCUGGAGGAGAAAUAUCUCAAACAAAGGAGCACACGGGUAACACAGGUUCAAAAUCAAGACCAGCAUCUGCAGGUAUUGCAGUGUCACAAAGAAAAGUUCGUCAAAUCAGUGAUCCUAUUCAGCAAAUAUUAAUCCAGCUCCACAAAAUUAUCUACAUUACACAGCUUCCCCCUGCUCUUCAUGACAACCUGAAAAGGAGGGUUGUGGAACGAUACAAGAAAUCUCUUUUCAGUCUCCAGAGCAAUCCCUGCAACCUGAAAGCAGAAAUUCAAAAGGUUUUACAGGGGUCUCCUGAGAUUAUAGAAUUCUUUGCUGAUGACUGCCAUGGAUUGCUACAGUCGUAUGGAAAGUCACUGAUCUCUGAUGACAAGACAGGAAAUACUGGCAGCUUUGAAUUUGAUGGUGGAAUAACCUAUGAGCAAUUGCAGACAAUGAUUGAAGAGAUUUUAGAAGACAGUGGCUACUAUAAUUUAACUUCAAACAGAUACUACUCAUUCCCAGUGGGAGUCAAGAACCUUUUAACAAUAAAACGAUGAUGGCUUUCACCUUUGCAAGACUCAAUGUUACUGUGUUCUCUCCCAACUAAAAUAGUUGGUUAACCUAAAGCUGCUUAACAUAUAUGGAAGAAGAUAACGUGGACUGCAUGAUUCCCAUGGGAAAACUUCUGAAGACUUUAAGUGACUGUAUUAUCAGACGAGCUGCGCUUGUUUUGAGAUGCUUUGCAUAAUGAAAUGCUCUAUAAAUUAAAUACUAUAUCUUUUAUAUCUAAUUGUAAAGAUUUCCUGUAUAUUAGGCUUUGCCUGGUGUGAUAAUGUAUAAAAUAGCUUUACUGCAGAUUGAUGUUAUCCAAA